GCACCUUGAUCCUAGAAGGCCUGAACCUGAGCAUGAAGAUCUUGUUGAUGUACUGCUUGGAGUUCAGAAGGAUUCAAACCAGUCUAUUGCACUUAGUAAUGACCAAAUCAAGGGUAUUCUCACGACCUUUUCAUUGCAGGAACUGACACAUCUUCAGCCACAAUAGUAUGGAUAAUGACUGAGCUGAUAAGGAAUCCAUCUGUGAUGAAAAGAGCACAAACUGAGGUGAGAGAAGCUGUCAAGGGAAAAGAAAAGGUGGAAGAAUGCCACCUUCCUAAACUCAUAUACCUAAAAUCAGUUGUAAAGGAGGGACUAAGGCUUCAUCCACCAGCCCCAUUACUAGUUCCAAAGGAAACUUUAGAGAAUUGCACUAUUGAAGGGUACAAUAUUCUUGCCAAAACAAGGGUUUUCGUCAAUGCAAAGUCAAUAGGAACAAACUCAAAGUAUUGGAAGAAUCAAAAUGAGUUCCAACCUGAGAGAUUUUUGGACAGCUCAAUUGAUUUUAGAGGACAACACUUUGAGUUGUUACCAUUUGGAGCUGGUCAUAGAGGUUGUCCUGGAAUAAACUUUGCAAUCCUGGUAAUAGAGCUUGCAAUAGCAAAUCUCUUGCAUCGUUUUGAUUGGGAACUGCCUCACGGGAUAAGAAGACGAGAUUUGGAUAUGGAAGAAGCAUUUGGCCUUACAAUGCAUAAAAAGGUUCCUCUUUGCCUAGUACCUAAACCUAUGGCUUUAUAAAAAAAAUUAUGGUGCAAAAUUAAAAGUCACCUAUUUUGACUAUUCAAACCCAGCAUACAUAUGAACACAAAUUGAUGAAUGAUGAGGUUCCCUUGCAGCUUAAGAGAGUGUUGUUGUUGUUGCUAUUGCAUUUAAUUUCAUUGCAAUAUUGUUGUACAUAAAACUUCAUUACACCACUUAUCUAUUUAUAGAUGUGUAA